GUAUGAAAUGAAAAUACGAUUCAUUUAGAGAUAUUUAUUUUAUUUCCCAAGGACUACUGUUAAGGAUGUCUACGCCAGAUGACAAAAGCAAGCCAUACACGUACAUUCAUGACGGAAAUCUCUUGAAAGAUCAGGAUGGAUACGCCGCUAAAGCAGAAAAGGAAGCUGAAGAAUUGUACGGGGAAAUCGAGAAAGAACUUUUAAAAGAACCGAACGAUGAUGCCGACGAAAACUUUGAUAUAAAAGAAACAAUAAUGAAGGCAUUUAAAAAUGGUCCACUCAACUCAUGUGGGAUUGAUAAAAGGCUUAAACAUUCAUUCAGUCAUGCAAGUGAAGUCAGUACAAAAGAGACAAGUGAGAAAGAAGAAGAAGAAACUGUCCGUAAAAAGGAAAACUACCAAACAGCUAAAGGGUUUGUUCAUGGAGUUGCUGCGGGUGAUUUAAAAGGACGUGUAUUUGGAAAGGAGAUAGGAAAAGCCCAGUUCGUAGCGAAAUUACAUGCUGAAGGGCAUUGUGAAAGAGGGCGAAAGACAGAAGAAAUAAGUCAAGACAAGAAAUAUUCCAGAGAACACUUUUGCAAUGCACAGGGACAGUGUUUAGGAAAAGUUGCCGCUUCGGCGAAAAUAGGAAAAUGUAAAUACCAUGCAAAAGCUGCGCUUUGUGUAGAUGGAACUGCAAAGGUAAACGCAGACGCAGCCUGGAAAGAAAGUCAAGAAGACAAGUCAAAUUCGAGUGUAAGGUAUGCGCAUGCAAGUGUUAAUACCGAGGCACAUGCAGCAGGAAAAGCUUUGCUAAGUAUACAAGCAAAUAAGAAAUCCAAGUCGCUCAAAGCGGAGUUCGAAGCUGACGCCAAAGGUCGCGCAGAAUUCACUGGUGUUGAAUAUCAACACUCAAAGAAUUUCCUUUGUGCCCAAGGUAAAUUAGUUGAUUUAAGCGCUGAAGGUGAAGCAUCUUUCAAGGCAAAAGCAGCGUGUAAUGAGAAAGCUACAAAUAUUGAAGCAAACUGCAAAGGUGGAAUGAAAUUUACGCUCGCAGAAGGACAGGUGGAUCUUACCGUAGAUAAAAGCAAAGAUAGCGUCAAAGUUCAAGGUGUACACAUCGCAGCAGGAUCAGGCAAUAUAAAAGGUGAAGCGAAUAUUCGCGUUAAUAAUGGUGAAAGAAAGAGAAUUUCAGCUGAAGCUAGUUGUCAGCUACUUGAUUUUAAAGCAUUAAAUUUGGAAUGUGAACGCGCCAGACAUUACGAAGAAGACUUUUCCCUAAAGUCUGAGGCAAAAGGGGUCGAUAUAAGCAUUGCAAACGCACAUUUAACAGAGAAAAAGACGGGCGAGGCCAGAUAUGCCGAACAUGACUCGGCCUUGUUUCAGGUGAAUGCUUUUAAUGUUGAUGCAACAUUAAAAGACGACAGAAAUGUACUUGGAGCACAGGUCCGUACAGGGCACUCAGUGGAUGCGUUUAAUAUCCAAGCUGAAGGUUUGGGUCCAAAAGGGGUGAAUGUGGGAAGUGAUUUGAGGACCGGCUCAAGUAAUUGCAAUAUAGUUGCAGGAAUAAGAAGAAAUACCGGGGUAACUGCAUCAACUCGUCCAUCGAAUUUCAACAUUGACCUCACUGCUGGUCUUCCGAAUUUGAAUGUUGGCUCACCUGGUCUUAACUUGAAGUUAUUUCCUGGAGGAGGAGGUGGAGGAGGAGGAGGAGGAGGAGGAGGAGGGAUAGGCGGGGGUGGUGGAAUACAAGGAGGGAAGUCAACAGAAGGCAUAGGGAAUGUAGAUGGAGGAAGGGGAUCAACAGCAGGAGGGGGUAAAGGAGGAAAUGGAGAAGGAAGUGGAAAAUCAGAACAAAUGGGGGGUGAAAGAAAAGGUCGAGGAGUUAAUGGGAAUAGACGAAGAAAAGAAGACAAAUGUGGACAAGAAGAAUAUGAAGAAACACGGGGAAACGUUGGGGGAAUAGGGUCGAAUGGAAAUGAAAAACAUGUAUAUGGAUUGGGAGGAACUAGUCGUGGAUUAAGAGAGGUAAUUGCGGAGGGUUAUACAACGCUGGGAGAAGGAAACGAAGAGGUGAACUAUAGAGGAGGUCAAAGGAGACGGCGACGCGAAGGAAGGGAGGAAUUAGACGGGGAAAAUAGUUCAAAUCGGGAAGCUGGAGGUCAGAUUGAAUCUAAAAGAGAUGGAAAGGAAGAAGAUUUUGAUAGCCAAAAUUGUGGUGAUGCGAGUCAUCAAUUCCAAAGCAAACACUCAGGUACAAGUGAUUGCCACGAGUCACAUCCAGAUUUGAGCGACGAAAAGGGCUUUAACAAGUUCAUGUUCAAAUUAGUUAAAAGCAAACUGUCGAGUCACAAUGAAGGGUCUGGUCAAGACACAGGCAACGAUAAAAACAACUUAGAUUGGUCUGAUAUAAAAAAGGUAAAAGAAGCUCUUUUAAACCCCUCAAGGUCUAAAACUGGUCUAGAAAAAGCGACAGAGGCAACACAUUCGGAUAGCAGAUGCGUCGCUGGCGAAAAAUCAGGAGAUCAAAAGCCAAAAAAGAAAGACAAACGCAAGACACACGAAGCAAAAAAGCCAUUUGGUGAGAAGGGAAAUAUUCACACGAUUUUUACAUUGAAUGGUGGUGACGCGAAACAAGUGAAAUACAUAGGCAACGUGGCGUGUUUUGCAGACGAUGACUAA